AUGUCAACUGACGAUACCACGCCCAUCAACGCACCAAGCGGAACAGGAACUGGCUCCGAGGGAGAAUUCGAGGAAGGGCUGCGGACUAUCGUCAACAACUUUCAGACACAGAUGGGCAGGCCGUUGACCGCCGACGAGCUGGCAGCCAUCACCCGCCAAGCUAGAAGUUUCUUCGAUGGCCAGGUGGAUGGCCAGGACGAUUCAGGCCUUCACCUGGCCUCGAAUGAACCCAGCCAGCCAGAGAAUGCUCCAGUAGAGCUUGGAGACGCGGUCCGACAAGACGACGAAGAAGCAAACGCGAAGCCACCCUAUCCGCCGAGCUUCUACGAACUCGCCAGGCUAAUCUCCUCCGCUCAUGGAGACAACCCCACCGACCUCCUUAAGUCAUUGCUGUGCCAGAAAAACCUCAGCCUCGACGGUCUCAAGACGAUCCCUAAUAAGUUGAACGAUCAGAAGCCUAGCCCCCCCGUCCUGGCUGCCCAAAUCGGCGCCGGAAAAAAACCUUGGGAAGCCGCUUUUGAUCCUAAUCAAACGUAA